AUUUGCUAUAUAACACGCAGCUACGUUCUUUAAUCCUCAGACAGCUACAGUGAGUGUCCUUGAGGAAAACAGAUUACUGCAACACGCGUGCACACGUUACGCUUUUCAAUAUGAUUACCACAGCGCUAAGAAAGUUGUGUUUGGUAGCGGCCAUCUUAGAAGUCCUUUAUGGAGGAAACUCGGUUUACGGUUCCAGUAUUUACGUCGGUGGACACGAAGCCGGGACAUAUUCGGAGGGGAAACCAUCAGAGAGUAUUUAUUCAGAAGUGAAGUGUGUGGACCAAAACAAACGGCAGUGCAAUAAAAUCAUUGGUUUUUAUGGAGAGAAAGCCUGCAAUACACGCGAUGAAUCCUUACGGUAUGUUGUGGAAAGUGUCUGCCAGGCUACAUGCGGCUUCUGCACCGAGAAGUGUCAGGACGAGGUCGGCGAAGAACUUUGCGAGCAGUUUGAAGGUUACUGCGACCACGCUGACUUGGGUGAACUUGUACGAGAAAUGUGCGGCAAGACAUGCGGAAGCUGUCAUCAGGCUCCAAGGAAGGAAGAGAAGAAUUUUGUGGUCCUUAACCAAUAACUAUGAACAACGGUUGCAGAGACAUGUGAAGCAACACCCAAGCAGGAUGUUAGUCGAAACCACGAUACCAAAUAUCAGCUUUAGACUUCUUCACAGCCGUUUUUGGGAUGUCACGUAACGAUGCAUCACUUGUUCUUGCAUGACAUUCCAUGAAAACCUUGGUCCGCUACUUGUAAAUAUUGUAGAAGAGGCAAAAAGAAGAAAAAAAAAAAUUAAAAACAACGCUGAUUUACGUUAGGACUUCCACUUUCGCCUUCUGUCUUUCAGUGCGUUUAUGUACUAUAGAAAGGAUUAAAAAUAGUUUCUUUGUGAUUGAA